GCCGGCAACAGGAACGUUAGGUUAACCUUAACCAUGAAUCAGAAAGAGAUAAACGCGUCAUGCCACCGUAUCAAAGCCACCACCAGGACAAUACAAAGUCAAGUAAUUAUGCUUUAAAUACAAUCACCACCAAUUUGAUAUUUUAUGAUAGUCGAGAUCAUCCAAAACAUAUCUGUGGUCCAGACUGCAGCGAUAUUUCUAAAAUCCCAUUAUCGUGGCAAUGACGUCGUCUUCUGGUCCCGCAAGACCGAUAUCACCAUCGAAUAGCUUCUAUGCUUUGAGCGACGACGAGGAAGGUGAAUAUAAUACCGUCACACAUGUAGAAUCUGGUAGAGGAGUCAAGUUAUUGUUCUCCAAGAGCAAGGUAACUAUUCCCAACAACUUAAAGUUUUGACCAAGUGCGGGGUCGUUCAAGCUUGUUGCUGACGACCACAAAUAUAGGUUUAUAUCCAUCCUACACCAUCUGCGAAAGAUAAUAUACCAGGUUACAUAGCUUUAUUACAACAAAAGCCACCUCUAGAUUCUCGUCCUACUUCGUCUUCUUCUAAAGAUGCAAAGUCGAGAACCGCCGCUUCUUUACUUCUUGCAUGGCUUCCCGAAUCAUCUCUCGGGGAUGCCCUGAAUACAUAUGUGAAAGUAGAUCUUUCAGAAGGCGAUUCUCCACCAAGACAAUCAUAUCUCGUACCCCCUCCUCCAACCACCACUACCCAUUCUGGCUCCAUCGGACAUUAUGCCUUUGCGAUACCCGUCUCGCAGAUUUACAGUCUUCUCGUACGACCACCGAGUUUAGGAUGGUGGUUCGGAAGUGUCGUUAUAAAUUCUCGAGCGGGAGAUUCUUUUCCCGCGCUAUUUUUUCACGACUCGGAAUGUCAGUCUACCAUUUUACAAAAGAAGAAGAGGACGAGGGAAUCUUUUGAUCCAUUUGGGGCAAAUGGGGAGAUGUUCUGGGGUGGCGAUGAAGUAUUGAGGUGGCUGAGACGAUAUGUAGAAAUUGAGAGAAGUGGUGCGGAACCGAAUAUUUACUUGGUGGAACCGUCGGCUGAAGAUAAAGAAGCGUUUGGAGACAAACUAGUUACAUCUGCGCCGGUGAGGAGACCGACGAGUAGUGGCGCUAGAGUUGGCGGCGCUGCUGGUGCAAGCUCGAGUACAUAUAGAAGUGCGCAGAGAGACGCGGGGAUGGAUCCGGUUACAAAGUUUGUCAAGGAAGCAGGGUGGAAUCUGAUGGAGAAGUUCAGCAAGGUUACGACAUUUACGAGGAGGACGGCUGAUUCGAUUGUCGAAAACCCGAAAAUACCUCCACAGGUUAGGAGAUUCAUGAAGAAUCCGGAGGUUCAAACAAUCCAAGAGGAGUUUGAUAGUGCGAGGAUAUACUUGGCGCGAUGGGCUAUGGGUAUUGCAGAACAGAGUGAGAGAGAUAGAAAUCAAAGGAUAUGGACGGCAAGGGAUGUUUUAGAAAUGGAGGAAACGGAUGUCGGCGACUUUGAGUUAUUGGAAACUGAGAUGGGUUCUUUAACUAUGAAGGAACAGAGGAAGACGCUAACAUUGAGGGAAUGGAACAAGUUUUUCGAUCAGAGAUCCGGCAGAUUAUCAGUCACAGUUGAUGAGGUCAAAGAAAGGAUAUUUCACGGCGGACUUGAUCCAGAUGAUGGGGUUAGAAAAGAGGCUUGGUUAUUCUUACUUGGUGUUUAUGAAUGGGAUUCUUCAGCGGACGAAAGAAAAGCCGUAAUAGCAGCCUUGCGGGAUGAAUAUGUCAAAUUAAAGGGUGCGUGGUGGGAUCGUUUAAUCGAUCUUGGAGGUGAAGGAGAAGAAGGGGAAUGGUGGCGAGAACAGAAGAAUCGAAUAGGUAAUAAAUCCCAGUAUUCUGUUAUCUUCAAGACUCAACAGGCUGACAUAUCCCAUUUCUUGGGGUUCGUGCGAUAGAAAAAGACGUUCACAGGACGGAUCGUAAUAUUCCAAUAUAUGCGGGAGAAGAUACACCACAUCCAGAUCCAAACUCACCAUUUGCUGAUGUGGGCACUAAUGUCCAUUUGGAACAAAUGAAAGAUAUGCUUCUCACUUAUAACGAAUAUAAUCGCGAUCUUGGAUAUGUACAAGGAAUGUCAGAUCUUCUCGCUCCGAUAUAUGCCGUCAUGCAAGACGAUGCCAUCGCUUUCUGGGGUUUCCAACACUUCAUGGAACGCAUGGAACGUAACUUUCUCCGAGAUCAAUCUGGCAUGCGUUCUCAACUUCUUACACUUGAUCACCUUGUCCAACUUAUGGAUCCUAAACUUUAUCUUCAUCUUCAAAGCGCAGAUAGUACCAAUUUCUUUUUCUUCUUCCGCAUGUUACUCGUUUGGUAUAAACGUGAGUUUGCAUGGUUAGAUGUUUUACAUCUUUGGGAGGUAUUAUGGACGGAUUAUUUGAGCUCAGGGUUCCAUCUAUUUAUUGCUUUGGCAAUUUUAGAGAAACAUAGGGAUGUUAUCAUGACGCAUUUGCAACAUUUUGAUGAAGUAUUAAAAUAUGGUAUGUUUUCUUCAUAUUUGCUAUAUGGAUUUUGUGGAUGGGUUUAACUAAUGAAUCAUAGUCAAUGAACUAUCAAAUCAAAUAGAUUUGGAAUCUACGCUUGUUCGCGCCGAGGCAUUAUUUCGUCGUUUUCAAAGAACAGUCGAGGCCAUUGAUAGGAAGUCAAGUUUUCCAAAACCAUCAAUUAGACACCGUGGUACACAAAGCACAUCUCAGGCUUCGGAGCCCUCUAAUCCUUCCGGUGCAACUAGUGGUGCGGAUACAGGAAGUGGACAAAUUGAAGGUGCAAGAAAAGAUAAGGGAAAGAAACCAACGGAUGGAGAAUUGGAGGAUAUGCCUGAAAAACCAAAGGUUAUCAGUAAGGAAUUGAGAGAUUUAUUAAGUAGGAAGGUGGUGGUGUUACCGAGAAAAUUGGUUAGGAGGGAAGGGGAGGGUUUGGCGAAGGUACAGAAAUAAUUUUUAUGGUUAUGUUGUGGGGAUUUGGUAAUGAAAAUAGGGAAUUAUGGAACUGUGGAUAGGUGUUUGGGUUAUCAGGAGAAGUAUGUAUAUGGAAUUAUUUGGCAUGGCUUGUAUUUUCUUGGUAGGAGGAUUAAGCAUUGAGGAUUGAAGGUACAUUAGGCUGGGCGGUAUGGCAAUCUUACGUUAUAUUUUUUAUUAUAGUUGAUUGAUUGAAUGAGCGAAUGAAUGAAUGGAGAGGGUACUUCUCACUUCUCACUUUUCGUAUUAGUUAUUUUUCGAUCUCCUGUUUCUUCUGUUAUGAUUAAAGCUUACAUAUA